AUGACUAUCAAAAUGGUAUGCUAUUUUGGUUGGAUAGCGUUUGACUUACGCGAACUUCUCUAUCCAGUACUUAUCGAAAAUUAUGUCAAAGCUAAAAUAAUGACUAUCACGCUUCACACGUUCUGCAUGUUUAAUCAUAUGUUUAAAUUCCUGCUCAUUAAUUAUAUGUGUGAAACAGUUACCACCAAGGCGAAAGCAACAGCAGAUAUAUUAAAUAGAUUAUCAUAUCAUGUUACUUGUGAUAUUGAAAUUCGUGGAAUUAUCUCACAAUUUUCAUUACGAAUAGUUUAUGCCCCACUUAGAUUCUGUGGAAUUGGACUUUUCCAAUUUGGUUUCAAAUUUCUUCACGGGUUCAUCUCAUCUGUUGUGACUGUUUUAGUUAUAAUACUACAAGCACAAAUAAAUAAGCAAAAAUUUAUGUGA